GUAGUCGCCGCCAUUGUUGCAUGUUGAGGAAGGAAUUUCCUGUGGAUAAAUUUGUGAUAUUUCUUAUUUUGUGCUUAGUGUUACGUUUAUAAACCAAAUAGAUUGACACUUGUUUAAUUUGUGUGUGUUUUUUGAAUAGACUGUGACCGAACACUUUCUUUAUUCAUUUGUUGUUUUUCUAAAUAGAGUGGGAUGUCUGCAAAUGUUGAUCAGAGGUCAAAGGGCCAGCCUAAUCAAGUGUCAAAUGGAGCUGGAAAAGAUGUUAUGAAAGAAGAUGAUAUGUAUCUUCCACCUCCCCCUCAUGUGAGAUCAUGGAGUGAGCAAGCCCCUGAUAAUGCAUAUGUUCCUCCAAUACCAAAUGCUGGAGUGUCAGAAUCAUUCUUUCAGAGCUACUAUCCAUCCAAUCUGUCAUAUCCAUUUAUGAAUCAAGGGAUUGGUGGAUCAGAAGGUCCUUGGUCAAAUGGGGCUGAUACAAUGUUUGGAAUGGGCUAUGACUAUAGUAAUGUUUAUGGCGGUUUCGGAUUCCCUUUCAAUAAUUGGGAGUAUGCUACUAGUGACUACUGGGGCACUACUCAACCUGUUCGGAAGGAUCAGCGAGGCUAUUCAUCAGAAGAUCCCUAUUAUCCUCCAGAAAUGAUGCCUCCUGACAAUUACGGCAUGAUGAAUGGGGCAUCAGCACCACCUGAGCCCCAAGAGCCUAUUGGAACUGUGGAACAAGGUAUGCGUGGCAUGACCUUGGCUUCCCCCAGCUCCUCCACUAUGGAUUCUGGAAGAAAAAAGAUAGAUUACAGUCAACCUCCAGUGAUGUCUGAUGGGUUUGGAGGUGGUGAUACUUCCCAGAUGAUGUCCUCAUCACAUUCACAAUCACUUCAGUCAUCCAUGAUGGGUGGCGGAAGCACAGGUGGAAGCAGUCAAAGCCAGAGCAAAAAGUCAACUUGGGCAGCUAUUGCUAGUCAACCUGCAAGACCACAGCAACAGCUCCGGCCAAGAACUAUACCACGUGCACCUGCACACCCUAAUAAACCCCAUAACAUGGAUAUUGGAACCUGGGAUGGCAGGGGCAACCCCAACAAGGCAUCUGUACCACCACCACAACCGCCUUCUUCCCAACCGCCACAGGCUCGUCAGAGUUGGGCAAACCCUACUCCGCGAGCAAGGCAAAUCCAACCCCACUCCACCAGUGGUCCAGGAAAUGAACCCACUGUCAGCAGCACAAACCUCAACUCAAAUAACAAUAGCAGCAGCGUUAGCGCAGUACCUGUGGUCCAGGGCAAUCACAGUCCACCAUAUUCUACCAACUAUAAUCAAUCAUCAGGGGGUGCUCCAUCAAAUAGAAGUAGUACAAACAACUGUGCCACAACGAAUGGUGAAAGUAGCCACAGCAACCCUCCAGUUUCCUCUCACCCUGUUUUGGACCAAUUGAAAUCUUCCAAUCUGUAUAAUCCAAAGGAAUUCAACCUUAACCCCAGAUCUGCUCGUUUCUUUAUUAUUAAGUCAUACUCAGAGGAUGACAUUCACCGUUCCAUCAAGUACAACAUCUGGUGCAGCACAGAUCAUGGGAAUAAACGUUUGGACCAGGCUUUCAGAGAGCGUGAAGGUAAAGGACCUGUCUACCUCAUUUAUUCAGUAAACGGAAGUGGUCAUUUUUGCGGCAUAGCACAAAUGAUGUCCCCUGUGGAUUACAACAAAAGUGCUGGUGUCUGGGCCCAAGACAAGUGGAAAGGUCAGUUUGUAGUGAAAUGGGUGUAUGUAAAAGAUGUUCCCAAUAGCCAGCUUAGGCACAUUCGUUUAGAGAAUAAUGAGAACAAGCCAGUGACUAACUCGAGAGACACACAAGAAGUACCACCUGAAAAGGGCAAGCAGGUCUUGCGCAUUGUUCACAGCUACAAGCACACCACAUCAAUCUUUGAUGACUUUAUUCACUAUGAAAAGCGACAGGAAGAGGAUGCUCAUUCAGGUACUGCACAUCGUGAAACUCGCAAUGAGAGAGGUGAUCAUCGUGGUGGAGAUAGAGAACACAGGGGAGGAGGUGGCAGUGACAGAGAUCGUGGAGACAGAGACAGAGUGGAUAGGGACAGACGAGAUGGUCCUCCUGGAAAUAGGAAUCGGGAGAACCGCAGAGGUGGUCAUGAUGGUGGAUCUGGUGGUGGUCGUCCCGGAAGACAGGAAUAAAUUCUUCUGUCCAGGAUCUUCUUUCCUCAUCACUGGAAAUAUUUCAAACCAUAAUCAUCAAUAUUUGUGAGAGGUUCAGAUGAAUCCUAAUCCCAGAUCAUGUGCUGCUCUUUAAUUCUUUAAUCUUUUUUUUUUUUUUUUUCUUGUGGAAACAUUUUAGCAUUCAUAGCAUCAACCAAGUUAAUACUGAAACUUGGAUAAGUUUUACCUUUUCUUUAUUUAAUUUUUUUUUUUUCCAAUUGUAAUUAUGGAGUCAUUUUUUCCCAAUACUUGGUGGUGUUUAUCAGAUUUUGUGAGGUUGAGGACUAAAGGAAUUCUUUGAGGACCAUGUUUCAGCUAAUUAUGCAUUACAUUUUGAAAAGACUCAACAGACAACAAUAUUUCAUAAAUGGAAUAGUGAUAAGACAUGGAGCAUAUUUCACUGCUGAUACAACAAUAGACCCUGGUACCACAAACUCAUGCUGUUCAAUCAUCGUUUCCCUUUCUUUUAGUUUUUCCUAUUUAAAGUGAAAUAAAAAUACUAGACACUAUUUUUAUUCCAGUAUGACAACAAGCUUGAAACCGCAUUAAACUAAUAUGAACAGACAAAGGACUGCUUUAUUUCAAUUGAUGCCAAGGAUAAUUCCAAUAAACCAUCUAGUUUCUCGGCUGUGUUAGUAUUUCAUUGUUUAGGUUAGUACCCCCACAGACUGCUCAUGUUUGUUGUUUUAUUAUAUCAAAUGUAAUUAUUAAUUUCAAGAACAGUGAAGUUUGACACUAAACAACUGUGUUAAUCAUCAAUGAUUACUUAUAAGUACAUAUUAUUCUCUUUUUUAAACUUGAAAAAUGUCUUCAGUGAAGCUCACCACAUGUCCAGAUGAUUUUGGGAGUAAUGAGGCACUCCAAUGCUAUGUGCAUCAGCGAACUAUCACAUGUGAACUAUCAGACCAACUAUUUUGUACCUUGUGUUAUUCUGACUAGUGAUGACUGCUGGCUCUGAAAACCACACCAACAAAAAAACAGGAAAUAAAUUGCUUAGUAUUUGUUUCUCUUCAUCAAAGCAUUGAGCACAGUCCAUAAUAAUUUCCACCAUUAUGGAUUUGAAUUUUUGGCAGUUUUAUUUAAUUCUAGGAACAACUUUAAAAGUAUUUCAGAGUGAUACGUAAUGUGUUGGAAACAAUGCAACAGAAUAGCUCAUUAGUAUUCAUUUGUACACACAAGACACAAGGUUUAUAGUUGUGAGUUUAUAAAUAGUUCACUUAACAAAUUACAUUUUUCUUACAGGAAAAAAAAGGAAACAAGUUGAAAAAUGGCUAUCAUAUGUUGAUUUUUUAAUUCAAGGUUUAAAUCUUAGUUUAGCAUAAUUAUGGUUAUGUGAUUUCAUUUUCAAUUUUUUUUUUCGUUAAUGAUUUUUAUAGGGUCUUCAAAUUAGUCUAAAUGUUUUAAAACUUAUUGUAAGGUAAUCUAAGAAAAAUAGGUAUAACAUUUUCACUUUCCAUAACCUCAAUAAAGUAGCAGAUUUCUGUAUUUAUACUUUUCAGAUCAUUUUAGAAUUUUUUAUUAUCAUCAUUAUUUUUUUUUUAAACAUUUAUAUUAAGGACAGAAACAAGACUAAGAUAAGCAUUUUUUUUUUUAAUUGAUUUGGAAAAAUUUUAAACCAUUAUCAUUUUAAAACAGCUGGAAAUUCUUUUAAUUAAUUAAUAAAACAUUCUUUUAGUUUAACUAUCUGGAUAUUGCAUGUUGGUUCUGAUGUAUGGCAGAUUUUUUUUUUUUUUUUUUUUUAAUUUUACAUUAUCUGCUGGUGUUAAUGUAAUAUCAAUCCCUUUAUGAGCUGAAUUACUGUUUAACAAUAAUACACUAUUAAAAUCAUGAUUGUUUUAGAAGUGGUUUUGAAUUGAUAUAUUUAACGGUGUAACAAAAAAGUUAUGCACUUUCAAGAAGUUAAACACUAAUUUCUUAUGUAUAUGUCUUGAUCAACACAUUUUUGUAUUCAAAUGGAAAGUAAUAGAAGAUUUGACAAAGUUUUUUGGCUUGGAUAUUUAUUUUUAAAGUACCUUCCACUUCACUGCUGAUAAUGUAGACAUAACAGCCAUAGAAAAGAGGUUUUUUUUUUUCAUUCACUUUUUUCAACAUACAAGUUUAUAGGGACUAAUGUUAUUAUGAUAUUACCUGAGAAAAUGCCCCAAAAAGUACUUAAGAACCUAGAAAAAUAACUGGACCAUGGCUACAAAAAAAAAGGUGUACCAGUACUGCAAUGUAAAUGGAAGUCCCAUUGUUCAGAGUAGAAAUGUAAUAAUUCAGUGAAUUUCUUGAAGUUGACUUUUCAGUUUUAUUUCUUUCCCCCCCCCCCCUUUUUUUUUUUUUUUUUUUUUUUUUUUUUUAAAUCUAUGGAAUUGCUUAAUAUUAGAAUGUACCCAAAAAUGUUACAAAUAAUUUGAAAAGAAGUUGUAUGUUAACAAAUAAAUUGUGAAGGAUGACCAUUCACUGGUUGAAAAAUACUUCUUCAAUAUUGUUUUUAGUCAAGUAGCUUUGAUAAUACAAUCUGAAGCAGGUUUACUCCCAGUUGGCUGUUCUAUAUAUGAGGUUGAUAAUCAUUAAGUUUGACCUAUCUAAAUUUGAUAUGUGGCUUUUUAAUUUUAAAAAAAUAAUUUCAAAGUGGUUCAAACAUUAUUUAUUGCUUUUAUAUUCUAUAAUUAAGUAUCAAUUGGAAGAGCAUUUUUUUCAUUGCCUCAAUAUAGCUUUACAUAUUUUCUUUUUGUUUUAAUUUUCUCUAAUUCUAAUUGAAGCACUCAAAUCCUAAUUUUGUGACAAAUUUUCCGUAGUGGUCAUCCUUUGCAACACUAAAACAUUUUAAAAGAUUUUUGUUUUUUUAUCUGUUAAUGGAAAAGAUGUUGCCUUUAGCUUAUUAAAGCAUGUAGUCUGUUUGUGGGCUAUUCUUAAAUGUCUGGAUUUUAAGUAGUACUGGCAAUGGAUUAUAUACAAUUCUUUAACAACCAUGUUCUAAUUGUCUACAUUUGUCAUUAAUUUCCAACAAACAAAUACUAUGAAGGGUUUCAUUAAUCCUCUUCAUCUUGUGUGGUGGAUGUGCACAUACCAAUAAAUGAUGUUCUUUUGUCUGCCUCUUG